AUGAUGCAGUCAUUUCAGGCGACAUUUUCGGUGCCUCUGACUUGCGAUGACUGUAUCAAGGACGUAUCUACGUCCCUCUACGCUCUGGAUGGGGUCAAAAACGUGCAGGGUAAUUUGAAGGACCAGAUCCUCCUGGUGGAAGGAACUGCGGCGCCUUCUGCUAUAGUUGCUGCAAUUCAGAGUACUGGAAGAGAUGCUAUUCUCAGAGGAAGCGGGUCCUCAAACAAUGCCUCAGUAUGUAUCCUAGAGACACAUUCCACUACGGUAGAAAAUCCAAUCCGUGGUCUCGCGCGCAUGGUCCAGGUGGCCCCAAGAUUGACGCUUGUUGAUCUUACUAUAAACGGCCUUUCGCCGGGGAAGUAUUGGGUUACAGUACGUGAUAUGGGAGAUAUUUCUCAGGGACCAGCAUCAACUGGUGGCAUAUGGGAAGCUGUGAAACAGAAGGUUCCAGGGCCAGAGCAGCCGCGAGGAGUACUAGGUGAGAUAGAAGUGGACGGUAAUGGAAAGGGGAGUGUUUUCCUUAGCCGUCCUGUUGCAGUCUGGGAGUUGAUUGGGAGAAGCAUGGUGGUGUCCAAAUCCAAAGAGGGACCGUUCCAGAAGGAAGAUCCAAACACGCCGGUUGGAGUUAUUGCUCGCAGUGCUGGGAUAUGGGAUAACGAUAAAAUGGUCUGCUCUUGUUCCGGGAAGAACGUAUGGGAAGAACGACGAGAACAGGUUUCGAAGGGAAUGAUGUGAAGAAAAAUUGUGGAUGUUCCCGUGUUUACGUUGGCCGUAAGGUUUCAGAACGGUCUGGCUUCCUGUCCCCUUGAAGCGUAUUCCCGAAUCCAUACAGCUAUUUUGGGUCUCCGGGCAGAAAGGCUCUGUGAAUAGGGAUGAGGGAAAUUACUGACAGCCAUGGAAGGUCAAGAAAAGGCUAAACUUGACGAUUGUGAAAUGGCUGAGAAUGCAUUUCCUAGAUGUGAUACCAGACGUAAAUAGGAAACAGACAUGUUACUUGCAAAAA